AUGUUACCUUUUCGAUCGAGAAAAAUUUCAGAGCACAGUGGUUUUUCCACAGAACAUCGAAAUACAGCACCGCCAUUUUUGACACCUGGUUGUUUGGCACCACUGUUUGCUUUUGGUGAACCAACAAGUAAACUGCAAAUCAGUAAUUGA